AAGCCCAAUCAAUGCAGACGCGUACAGUAAAUGUGUUUUAUUGUGAAAUUCUGACGGAUGAAAGAACGACUGUUUCCGCGUCUAAUGUGUUCGUUUUUGUGCCUGGAAAUGUGGAAAUAGUUCCCCAAAAUAACGAAAAAUGUCUCUUUCAACGGCGCGAUCAUUCCUGUCGGAGGCUUGCUAUGGCGAGCAAGAACUUGACGCCAAUUCCGCACUCUUGGAACUCGACAAAGGGCUGCGGUCGGGAAAACCUGGAGAGCAGUGUGAAGCUGUGGUGCUGUUCCCUAAACUCUUCCUCAAGUACCCCUUUCCCAUUCUCAUUAAUUCUGCGUUCCUGAAACUUGCAGAUAUUUUCAGACUAGGGAACAACUUCCUUCGCCUCUGUGUACUAAAAGUAACGCAGCAGAGUGAAAAACACCUGGAAAAAAUCCUAAAUGUGGACGAAUUUGUCAAAAGGGUGUUUUCUGUCAUCCAUAGCAAUGACCCCGUGGCCCGAGCCAUUACAUUGAGGAUGCUUGGCAGUUUAGCCUUCAUCAUACCGGAGAGGAAAAACGCCCACCACAGUAUUCGCCAGAGUCUGGACUCGCAUGACAACGUGGAAGUAGAAGCUGCUAUAUUUGCUGCAGCCAGCUUUUCUGCACAGUCAAAAGUCUUUGCAGCUGGAAUUUGCAACAAAGUCAGUGAGAUGAUUCAAGGUUUGGAGACCCCCGUUGACCUGAAGCUGAAAUUGAUCCCCAUGCUGCAACACAUGCACCACGACGCUAGUUUGGCAUCCAGCAGUCGAGAACUUUUACAAAACCUGGUCACCUCUUACCCCUCCACGCCCAUGGUCAUUGUGACCCUGCACACCUUUACCCAGCUCGCUGCCUCCUCCCUGAUUGACAUUCCUAAGCAGUUGCAGCUCCUUCUUCAAUACCUGAAGGAUGACCCACGUAAAGCUGUCAAGAGACUGGCAAUUAGUGAUCUAAAGCUGCUAGCGAAAAAGGCUCCUCAUCUUUGGAUAAGAGAAAACACUCAGACCCUGUGUGAGUGUGCGCUGAGCAGCCCUUAUGUUAGUUUGAAGCUGGGCAUGUUGGCUGUGCUUUCCACCCUCUCUGGAACCAUUGCAAUUAAGCAGUACUUCAGUCAUACAACAGUGUCUACACCCCCUCGGAUGACUGACCUGGUGAAACUGGCACAAGAGUGCUGUUACCAUAGCAACUUGUCUGUCGCUGCCCAUGGGGUCAUAAUACUCUCCAACAUUGUCAUUUGCUGUCCAGAAAACGAUAUUGCCCAUCUAGAGCAGGAUACAACGUUGGGGCUGGAGUCCCUGCUGGUGCUUUGCAGUCAAGAUGGCAGCCACAGUGCCCAGGCUACACUUAAAACCAUCCUCACCUCAUUAGUCAAGCUGCUGAAGAGUCGACCUCAUCUCAGCCAAUCCGUCGUGGAAUUCCUGCUCGGUCAGCUCCACUUGUCCUGCGACUCUUCCCGGGUUCUGAUGUCCCACACUCUGUCAGCCAUCGCCACCCAUCUGCCGGUGCUGGGCGACAGCAUGCUGGAAGAUCUGGUGGAUCUCUACCGAGUGGCCAGUCACUCGUCCACGGAUAAAAAGCAAGAACUUCUGGUUUCUUUGGCGACGGUGAUUUUUGUUGCCAGCCAGUCAUCGCUGUCCCCAGAAGUCAUGACAGUCAUCAAACAGCAGCUCGAGAAUGUUGCCAAUGGUUGGACCGUGUACCGGAUCGCACGCCAAGCUUCUCGCAUGGGGUGCCACGAGCUCUCCAGUGAGCUUUACCAGAGUCUGCGAACUCGCGUGGCAUCGGAGCACUUCUACUUCUGGCUCAACAGCCUCAAGGAGUUCUCCCAGGCCGAGCAGUGCCUGACACACAUGGAGGAUGGCGACUACAGCGGAGCCAUGAGCGCCAUCGCCGAGGCCCUGCGUUCCUACCAGAAGGGCAUUGCCUCCCUCACGGCGGCUAGUACUCCUCUAAAUCCACUUACAUUCCAGUGCGAGUUCAUUAAGCUGCGCAUCGACAGUCUGCAAGCGCUGUCCCAGCUCAUUUGCACCUGCAACAGCCUGAAGACCAGCCCCCCUCCGGCCGUGGCCACCUCUCUCGCCCUGAGCACGGGCCACGACCUGCAAAGCUGUGGCCGUAUCUCACAACAGAUGAAAGUAUGCAUGGACGAGUUCAAAAGUCUUGCCGCCCGCUACGCUGAGUUAGAACAGUCAUCGUUUGACGCCGACAACGCCACCCUUCGAAACGUCGAGCUACAACAACAGAGCUCUCUGCUCAUCUCUCACGUGAUCGAGGCUCUUAUACUUGACCCACAGGCUGUCAGUUACCAGGACUAUGGCCCCCUUGGCUCAGUUCGGUCAGAGAGUGAAUAUGAGCGACGGAUGAUGUCGGUAUUUAAUUCUGUGCUUGAGGAAGUGGAGACCCUAAACAAGAAGCAUCCACCUGUGUCAUACUUGCAUACAGGCUGUCUUUGUGAUGCCAUCAUUGCAAUGCUGAAGGUCCCACUGUCCUUCCAGAGGUACUUCUUCCAAAAACGUCAAUCGACCAGCAUCAAGCUCGCCCUCUCUCCGUCGCCGCGAACACCAAACGAGCCAAUACCUGUGCAAAACAACCAGCAGCUGACUCUCAAGAUAGAGGGCGUGGUCCAACACGGUUCCAACCCAGGACUUUUCAGGAAGAUCCAGUCGGUGUGUCUCAAUGUCACAUCCACCCUCCAGAGCAAGGGACUGGGAGCGGAUUACAAGAUACCUCUCGACAGUACAACCAAUGAGAUCGAGCAACGGGUCGAGCCCCACAACGACUACUUCAGCACCCAGUUCCUGCUCAAUUUUUCCAUCCUGGGCACACACACGGUUUCCGUGGAGGCCUCCGUGGUGGACGAGAGCGGCAUAGAGUGGAAGACGGGGCCCAAGACCACCUUGUCAGUCAAGUCUUUGGAGGAUCCGUAUUCCCAGCAGCUCCGCCACCAAAUGCAACAAAGUUCUGCCCAGCCUGCUCCUCAGAGGAGCGCAUACAGUCGCUUCUAAUAAAAGUUUUUAGCUACAACAA